GCAGGGGUUAACCAAAACCGAGAAAGCAAGGAAACCAUGAUUUCGCAAGCUUUUAGACCAGCGAAAUACGUUUUUCGAAACCAUCAGCUUGCGUAAAAAAUGACAGUCGUUUUACUAAUCACUAUUAUAAUUGCAGUGCAUGCCGUGGUGACCACUGGACAAUCAUGUUCCCGUCGAUAUCCGGCUUUGAUCAACCCCCCUGGAGGCGACGCCGCGGCACAGGCUGCCGGAACCUGGUUCAGCUACCGGCAGAACGGUGAUGUUACGCAGAACCAAAAUAUUGUCAUCACUAGCUUCGGUCCAACCACCGAACCCUUCACCAACUCAUCCGGCAUCGGCACAUACAUGCAGCUGACAUGGGCGACGCCAAGUACCGGCCAAUGUGUAAACGAAUACUGGACUGGGAUUUACGCCAAUAACGGCAUGCAAGUUGGUUUCGACGCGGUGUCAACCGACACGAUCAACCGAUUAAAAGCGUAUUCGGUUUUGUACCAUGACUAUCAGAAAAUCAUGAUUGGCUACGGCUGUUAUAAGCCGAAGCAGGAUGGGACUUGUGACACUCCCAUGAUCUGGGCGCAGACCCGCACCCGACCGGACCAGAUGUCGGCCAGUGAUAAAGCCAAUUUUGACAGUAUCAUUAAUACAACAUUUCAGCCAUACUGCAUUACCACCCAAGAUCUGCCGCUGCAAACAUAUGACACCAGUAAACCAACAUGUCCGCUUGUUAAUCCACCAACAUGUCUCAGCGGACUGAUAAACGGAACCGCCCUAACCGUACCCAGCAACACUACAGCCGUUCAGACCACAACCGCCGGCACAACAACUUAUGGUUCCGCGGCUUCCGCUGGUUCAUCGAACUCCGGCGCAAAUGCGUGUAUAUGGCCGCUUUAUAUACCACCAGCCAGUACGUUUUCGUACGAUACGAACAAAAUCGGUGGAAUCGCAUGGGUUUACCGGCAGUUGUUUCCUCUUCAAGCUGCAUCGGUGCACCCACGAUAUUUCCGACAUGUUUUGGGAAACUCCAUAUUGCCGUUAACCAACUUAACAGGAAAUUUUGAAUGGUUGGAAUUUGUCCAGUACGACAAUAUCAACUCUACACAGUGCAGUCAUGGCUCUUGGUCGGGUUUUGCGGCCACAAAUGGACAGAGCGUCGGUCUGAGCUUUGCACCGGUUCCCGGCGGUGGAGAAAUACAAUUGCCAUCCCGUGUGGUGACCCUUUACUACGACACAAAAUACGAGGUGUAUUAUGCGUGCACAACUCCCAGUCUGAAGCCCGGAUUAUGUGACGACCCAUUUGUAAUUGUCGUGGGUCACAACGAUCCCUCGCAAUGGUCACAAAGCGAAAAAGACCAUGUCGACAACGAUAUCGUUACUCCACUUUUCCGACCUUUCGGAUGCUCUGCCAGCGACAUUCCUGUGCAGGCUUUUCCCAGCAAUAAAGCCCCGUGCGACUUUAUAGGUGCUCCUUCAUGCCUGAACCAGUAUAUCGCGGGAUUCAAUGACAUAGCUCCUCCUACUGUAGUGGCAAAUGGUUCUUAUUAAUAAUAAUUUUUUCCGUGUCUCAUGGGAGUUGGGUUGUGUUUAUUUACUGUGUUUUGCGACAUUCACGUGGCCUCUUGAGGUUUCCAUGAUGACCUUCAUGCAACACCCAAAUGUACAUUAUGCAGUCCCACGGUACCACAUACUCAAGAAAUAAUAUUAAUACCGUUGGUGACUUCUCACAUUUUAUAUUUGAGAGUACUCAGUAACAAUCGGCAUUGCAUAAUUUUUGUAACAAUCCUU